CUGCAGCAGCAGCAGCAACAGCAAAACCAACGGCAGCAGCAAAAGGCUGACAGCAGCAGCACAGCUCGCAGCAACACCAGCAGCAACAGAAAGCCACCUGCAACAGCGCCAGAAGCAACUGCAACAGCAGCACAAUCUGCAGCAGCAAAGCCAGAAGCAACAGCAACACAGCCAACAGCAACAGCAGCAAAGCCAGCAGCAGCAGCAGCAGACCAUUCGCUCACUCUGUAG